UUAAUACAGUAGCGUAAUUAAAAAUUGGCGUGGUGUGGUGUGGCAGUCACACUAGUUGACAAAACUCUAGUGUUAAACCGCGCCUACUACCCAACCGUAGGUUAAUGGAUGCGUGACCAUACGUGCGCUUCGAUGGUGGCGAAAAGUACCAUGUUACCAGUGCAGAAGGCAAUGGGAAACUACUGCACUUAAAUUUCCAUAAGUAUACCAAUCUAAUUGGUAAUAACCAACCUAACAGUUGUAAGUAAAAUAUAUAUAAGAAUUACGCAAUGGCGUAAUUACAUAAGGAGGAAUAAUACUUUUGGCUGGCCAAAAAUAUAAAAUUUUAUCAAAUAUUGCAUAAAUAACUAUGGAUAUCAGUUGACUUUAAUUAGAGAUGAUACAUUGUUCAAUUUGGUAGAUAUUAUUAUGAUUCAUGACAGAUAUACGAUGUUGAUAUUGAUAUGUAUGGUGAUUUGCUAGUAAAACCUCGUUUGACUGUCUAAUACUUGGAGAAUAUAUUUAACUAAAUUAUAAACUGUUCAAUAUUUUAUAUAUUAAAAUGAAUACACUCUUUAAUAACCCAGAACCUGCCGUUGGUCCAGAUCCAUUUCAUAUAGUAUGCCCUAAUUGUAGAUCGGAUGUGUAUUCUCGAGUUGAGAGGGACACUGCUGCUACAGGAUAUAUUUGUUGCGGGUUGUUGUUUAUAGUGGGGUGUUUUUGUUGCUCAUGUAUUCCAUUAUUUAUGGACAGUUUUCAAAGGGUAGAUCAUUUUUGUCCUUCAUGUGGACAUUUCUUUGGUACAUACAAACCUUAAUAAAUACGUCCAAAAAUAAUGUCGUUAAAAAAUUCAUGAACAAAUAUUAUAUUGUUUCAGUUAUUAUGAGUAAUAAGUGCCAUUUUAGUUUCUUUAUUAAGUAUAUGUUAUGUGAUAAAUCUUUAUAACUUAUAAGACAGUAUUUUUGUUUAUAUAUGCACUGAUUAAAUCUUUAUUAAUUCUUA